AGAUAACUUAAUAGAAAAUUACUAGUUAGUAUCAAAUAUUCGGUAUAAACUAGGCCAGAGUAUAUGAGAGUAACAUACACAAAUGGAUCUACAGACGUGUUUUGUGCAGUUUUUUUUAUAUCAAAUUACUCACAAAAAAGUUUCAUUCAUACACAAUGUUAGUCCCACAGACUCCAACAAAACUUUGCUGGCAUGCCGUUUGAAUUCUAGUUGACCAAAAAAAUUGAUCAACCAUAUCAAUCGAAAGAGAUUUCAAUUUUUUUUUACCUCUUGGUUCGAACCUCUUAUCUCAUUCCGUCUUUACACAGCAAACGUUCGAAGCUUUAUAUGGAGUCUUUCAGACUCGCUUGUGUGUUUAAGGAUUAAUAGAAUAGAAAAAUUAAUCCAUCGUUUUAAAAAAUAUAUUGAAAGAGUGACAUUAAGGAAGAGUUGUUUUAUUUCAUUUACUUUUUUUUACAUCAAAUUAUUUUUUUAGUUUAUGUCAAUUUUUACCAAGUAAGAUUAUUAUUGUUAAACGUAAGACUUUAAGUACUUGCCGAAAAUGAGAAGAUUGCUUCCAGAACUGUCGCGGAAAAAGAAAAGAAAAAAAAAAUACUCUUUCGAUCGAUAAGCUCUAUUCGAAGAGAACAUACAUUACUAACAUAUGCUAAGCGGCGCGCCUGUCAAUAGGGUUUCGCUUUCCCCUAAGUUGUAUUUAUUGUCAAAGGAAUAAAUACUACUAUCAUCCGUACGUGUCCGUGCGGUAAGCUACGCCACGCGUUGCGGAAACGCGUGUGAUAACUAUUGGAAAAUUAUAGGCAUAUAGCAUGCACGUUUGUAUUAUGCAAAUGUAUGCAUCACCUGUCCAGGAUCUUAAACUGUCCCUCGUACCAAGGGGACCAAGGAAAGUUUUAAGUAAAAUGAAAUGAGUUACUUAGAUAAAGUCAGAGACAAAAGAUUAUUUGCGACUAAAAGUAUGAACGCCAACUGGAAUCAUUACUAUGGUGUUGUUAAGAAAAUAACAUCAUUGUCGGGUCAGUGGCCCUAUCAGAAACCAAUAACGAGAUUGUUGUGUGUGCUCUUAGUGACUUUGAGUACAAUUUCUAUGAUUAUUCCACAGGUAGCGAAAUUUUUUAAAUGUGACGGAAACUUGCAAUGUAUCUUUGAAACCAUGACAUCUUACAUGUUGACAAGUGUAACGUUGGUGAAACUAUACACGUGUUAUUUCAACCGAUGUAAAAUGAAAGUUCUUAUUGAUCAAUUAUUCGUUGAUUGGAACGAAUUGGAAACACCUGAAGAAUACGAAAUUAUGAAGAGAUAUGCCAAGAACGGCAGACGAUAUUCUUUGGUAUAUGCUUUGUAUUGUUUUAUGGCCGUAUAUAUAUUUAUGUCUGUAUCCCUUAUACCGCAAGUAUUGGAUGUCCUUUUACCUCUCAAUGAAUCUCGCCCUAUACUGCCGACAUAUCCAGGAUAUUAUUUUGUUGACGAAAGGAAAUAUUUCUUCUAUACCUUUUCACAUGCUAUUAUGGCUUGGGAAAUUGCAAUGUCUGGAAUAGUCAGUCACGACUGUAUACUCCUAACUUACAUUGAACAUGUCUGCAGUAUUUUCACUUUAGUCGGAUUACGAUUUGAACGAUUAAUGUGCAAACGUAAUAACACCAUGAACGUUUUACAUUCUCAUACAAGUGACGUGUACCGCAAACAAAUUGCAUUUUCUGUGUAUACGCACCGAAAAGCUCUAAAAUUCGCUCAACUGAUCGAAGAUACCUUUUCGUUAACUCUGGCUAUACAAAUAGCGCUAAAUACAAUAAUGAUUAGCAUUACAUUAUUACAAAUCACACAGCAGAAUGCCGAUAUUUUAGAAGUGAUAAGAUACGUGAUGUAUGUCGUUGGUCAAUUAAUCCAUCUGUUCUGCCUCAGUUUCGAAGGACAAAAGCUGAUAGAUCACAGUCUUCAAACGCGCGAUAAAAUUUAUAAUAGUCUCUGGUAUGAAACAUCUCCCAAGACGCAAAGAAUACUUUUGUUUGUGAUGCAAAAGAGUCUUCAACCUAUUUUCUUAAGCGCUGGCAAGAUCUAUAUUUUCUCAAUGGAGAACUUUACCAUGAUCGUGCAAACUUCAAUGUCAUACUUUACCGUACUCUCGUCUUUGGAAUAAUUAAGGAACGAUCUGCAGUGUUGAAAUAUCAAACAUUAGAACCUACGAAUAUAUCCAGAUUAUCCAGCCAAUCCACAAAAGUUGUAAUUCUGAGUGUAUUAACAUCAAGACAAGUUAUCCAUUAGUACAUGAGUAACAUUUGCGAUAACAUACAUAUAUUAAUUGUAAUGAUACAUUUUAAGAAAUCUUCAUCACUUGCUGACCUUUAUGUAUUAGAGUACUAGCUUGAAAUCAAACGGAGUUGCGUUAUAAAAAAGUAUUCGUAAUUCGAGAAAGUAAAAGUGUAAUGAGAGAAUAAACAUGUAAAUAUUAUAAGAUUAUAGUUACAAGGUAACGCUGUGUAGAAACAAUUGUAAGGUAUGAGGUAAAAAUCACCCUCAUUUAUCCUUAUUACCGCAAAUCAUCGGUAAAUGUAACGUAAAAUUUCUCUUCCCUCACGAGACAGUAAGGGUCUGCUAAAUCAAGUUUUUAAAAGUGUAAAAAAAAAGAAAAGGAAAGAAACGCAUAACACGUGUCACUAUUAGAAGAUUAAAAAGUUUUCUCGGGAAUUAUAUAAACGCCGCGCGCUGUACGCUCGGCGUUUAUAUAAUUUCCAAGAAAAUUUUUUACUACGUUUCAUACACGGAGGGAAUUCGCAAAUGACGUGCGAUGCUUGGAACACGCGCGGAUUCACAUAAAUUUUCUAUAAAUGUUAUUCCUGUGAAAACGACACACUAUGUGUGUGUCGUUUGUUGUACUCUGUGCGCGGUAAUCGACAGAAGUACAUCGCGCACGUGCUAUACAAAGUCUAUAGCGUUUGCAUUAUAUGGUUUAUGAUGUGUUUUUACUAUCUCGUAACUUGUCAGACUGUAUGUAUUCUCAUGUUGAGAGAUGAGAACAAGCGAAUAAAACGAUGAACAAAAAUUUUUGUGACAAAGAAAUUUUCUGUCAACUGUCGUCUGCAAAUUUGCAAGACCAGAAACGAAGAAUCCGCCAUCAACUAAUGUCGUGAAGCAAUUAUUAAGAUGUUAAAAAAAUGACGUCAUUGGCUGGAGAUCAGUGGCCUUAUCAAAAAUCGGAAACGAAGUUGCUCGGCGUCAGCUUGAUAACUCUAAAUAUAUUUUCCGUAAACGUUCCGGCGGUAACACUGAUUAAAUUUUAAUUUUAUAUUGUAUUUAUAUUGACAUAAAUUUUGAGCCUAAUGAAAACAAUAAUAUUUCCAGUUUGCCAGAUUUGUAAUAUGCGACAGAAACUUGCAAUGUAUUUUGGAAGCUAUGACAUCGUUAAUAUUAGCAACGAUAAGUUUAGUGAAAUUGUACACGUGCUACCUUAAUUGCAACAAAGUGCUGUGUAACGCGUAUAUACGAAGUCUUCUUUCCAUGAUACUCUUUGAACAAAUUGAAUUGGGGUGCAUUUGUUUAUUUUUUACCUUACUUUUGUAACUACUACAUUUUUUUAAUGUAUAGACAUUUUUGAUAAAAGGCACAGAAAAGCAUCAAAGAAUUCAAUUGAUAUAGGUAUAUGUCGGUUAUACAAGUAUUCGUUCUGAUCACAUUUUCUAACGAUCAAGACGAUUGCUUCGAUUGCUGCCGCGAUUACCUAUCAAUUUCAGAAACUAGUAAUUAAUAAAAAAAUUAAUUUUCUUAUCUUGGCAGUACUUAUAACAACUCGGCCCAACAAUAUUUUAUACAUAUCUACUAAUUAUAAGAUAAAACAUUGUAACAGUCUGCAGUUAUAAUCAAUUAGUAUAAAGUACUAUGUGUGUGUGUGUGUGUGUAUUUCUCUUCUCUUUCGUGUAUGAAAAUUGAACAUACAAUUUAAUAAUUAUUACACAAUUAUCAUCA